UUUUCAGAAAUAAUUAAUUACUAAAAUUUCAGUGAAAAUGGAAAUGGCUACACAAGAUCUUGGAAGUGCUGACAAAAGCACCGAUAGUGGUUCUGGAAGAAGGCCAGGAGGCUUCGCAAGCUUAGCUAGGGCAGCGAUGAGACAGAAUGGGAAGUAUGAUAAAAGCCAUGUCUGAUAUCAGGUAGAAAACGUCUCUGAAUCAUCUUCAAGAGACAUCAAAGAAGUUAUUGAUCUUGAACCUGAAGAAGUUGUCGAUCUUGAAAUUGAUGAAGUUGUCGAACUUGAUUCUGAAGAAGUUAUAGAUCUUGGAUCAGAGGAAGAAAUAAUUUCUAUUCCAAUGGACCAGCAAAUCCCUAUAUUGACACCUCCUUGACAAGUCCUCCAGACCUCUCCUAAUCUUUUAUUCAAGAAAUCUGCUAUUUCUACUUACUUAUUAUAGAAAGACUGGAGAAGGAGUUUUAUGAUGAAGUUCCUGACAAUCAGGGUGAAUUAAACUUGACCCAACUUCCCUCUUUAACAUAUAUUACUCCUGAUGGUUGACAUGAAUUCUGGAACUCAUUUCUCUUCGAACUAGGCAAGAAGAUCAAUGAGAUUGUAAUAAAUUAACUGAAAUCCUCGAAUUAAAUCGUCUGAUAAAAAAGCUGCAAAGAAGAUUAGAUAUUGUAUUAUGACUCAAACUCUUCGAAAGCUAAAGGAAAGAUGAAAGCUAAAAUUAAAUUCUAAAAUUGGCUUUACUGAUUUUGUUACAAAGAGUUUUGCUCUCACAUUCUUUCCAGAUCUAUUCCAAUGCGAAGUUGUUGAAGAUAAGUUAAAGCUAUUCUUUGACUAUAUAUAAUUUUAUGUUUUCCUGAAGUAAAUGUAAAAAAUCUCCUAAAUCGUCUACUUUCUACUGGUUAUUUCACAAAAUCAGAUUACAACUUCUAUAUUUAUCAGUUCAAAGGAAAACGUGCAUGUAGCUUACUUCACGCCAAGAUGAUGGUGAAGAAUAAUAGGUGUUUUAGAAAGAUUUUUGAAAGAGUUCUGUGGAAUGUUCAGGUGAUGGGGCUUGAUGAGGAGGAGAGGGUUAGAGAGGUGAUUGAGAAUUUACUUGGGUUGCAUGAGGAGGUUAGGUUGUCUGUUAAGCCCAUACACUCACCUCUCUUCAAAGGUAUCGAAGAGUCUAGUACCCAGGACUUCUCAGUCUCUUUUGUGGACUCUAGUGAGACGGUUCUAAGGAUUUCACCUGAGAAAAGAUAAAACUGUUAAUUAUGACGCAUUCCAUGUAUAAGCAUUGGAUAUCAUAACUUAAGGACUCAAAUCUUAAAUUAAAGUU